AAGCUUUCCGACACAGGAGAGCUUUGCGAAGCUUGUUGUUUUUCGUCACAGUCAUAAUUCGAACCGACGGGAAAAGAUCGACGUACCGAGUGUGUGGGACAAAAACAAAACCGCUGGACGCGAAAUAAUGGGCCCGCCGCCGGGAGACAGACCGCGCCGCAAGUCGACUGAAAGAACGGGGGACUCCAGCUGGACCGUCGAUUUAUCUUGACAUGGCAUGCGGCAGCACUUAAGGGCGACGAUCGACCGACAGACGGAAGAAAAGAUCCACAACCGCCAAACUUACCAGCUAUUAAAACGCGAGGCAGGACGGUGGUUAUUUUAGUUAACCGUGCAAAAUAAGAGAAGCCGUACGGGAGUUUUGAUGACGCCAACUGAGCCUAACUUGACUGAAGAAACAAAAUGUCGAGCUCACGCGCUAGCUGCCUGUUAGCUUUUUAGCAUCGCGCAACACUGGCGAAGACAUGUAAGGAAAGAUGAUCGAGUCGUAACAGAGAAGCUUUCCCCUUCCUUAAAAAAAAAAAAAAAAGUCACUCGGCCCCCUAAUCAGAUAAAAUGUAGCUUUGAUCGCUGUGCAGUCAACGGUUAGCCUGCUAGCUCGACUUAGCUAGAGUGCUAAAAAUAGACCAUGACCACCAGCAGCACGACGACUACCAGGAGCAAGUAGGCCGCGAGCCACAAAGCGGCGAGGAAAAUGUCAAACAACCUUCGUCGUCUUUUCGUUCCUCUUCCAUAUGUGCCAACGUCUCCCCGCCAUGCUCGUCCGUAUUCCCGGUCCAGCACAGCCAGCCAUGGAUAAAGGACUCUGAACCCACCACCGAAUAUUAGCCCGCUAGUCCUCGCUUUCACCUAGCGCCGCUAUGGGUCUUUAUUGCAGGAAGUUAAACUACUACUAAUUAACAGCCACAUUUUUGCUCUCGUUUUUGUUUACAGAUCUGCUGAAAACCGGUCGACAGUAGGGUUUGCGUCUUAAAAUGAUGGAUUCAUGAACAAACAACAAGGAGAUGUAGUCUUUAUUGUAUCUCCCAUCCGCCACCUUGCAAAAAACAAACCAAAAAAAACGUAAAAAUGACUUGAUAUGGUGUUUGGUUAGAAAACCUGUUUCAGUUUUUAGUUGUAGAGUGGCUAGUUCACGGACUUGGUCAGCGCGCCAUCGACUAUAAGCGCAACCUCAAAAAAAAUUAAUAGAGCGAGCGGGUCAAAAAGGAAAGUUGACACAUCGCAUCUGAUGAUGGGGGAUCCAACCACGCGACGAAACCAAACCAGAAAUCGUCUCCGCGCUCAGCUGCGGAAGAAACGGGAAUCGUUGGCCGAUCAGUUCGAUUUCAAGAUUUACAUCGCCUUUGUUUUCAAGGACAAGAAAAAAAAGUCGGCGCUCUUCGAGGUGGCCGAAGUGGUGCCAGUGAUGACGAACAACUACGAGGACGACAUCCUGCGAGGCGUGCGAGAUUCCCGCUACUCCCUGGAGAGUUCUAUAGAGCUCCUGCACAAGGAUGUGGUGCAGCUCCAUGCCCCCCGAUACCAGUCCAUGCGAAGGGAUGUGAUUGGCUGCACGCAGGAGAUGGACUUCAUCCUUUGGCCACGCAACGACAUCGAGAAGAUCGUCUGUCUGCUCUUCUCCAGAUGGAAGGGAGCCGACGAUGAGCCUUUCAGGCCCAUUCAGGCCAAGUUUGAGUUCCAGCACGGCGACUACGAGAAGCAGUGCUUGCACGCGCUCACUCGCAAGGACAAAGCUGGAAUGAUCAUGAACAACCCCGCACAGUCAGUCUUUCUCUUCAUGGACCGACACCACCUACAGGGUGUUAAAAGCAAGGCGACGGUGCUGAAGCUGUGCAGCCUGUGCUUGCACCUCCCCCAGGACCAGCUGACUUGCUGGGGCAUGGGCGACGUCGAGGACCACCUCAGACCUUACAUGCCCGACUAGGCUUCUUCCCAAGCGGGGGAAAUGCCGCCCCCCCCCCCUCCUCCAUCCCUCUCUGUCCUGCCUUCAGAAGCCAUUUUGAUGUUCUCAUUUUCCCCCUCUUCUUCCUCGUCCUCUCUCCCUCGACCUCCCACCCUCCACGCCCCAUUCCCGCUCAGUCAUCCAUUUUGUUUUCCGUCAACCUGCACGAACAUUGAUUUGGAGUGAUAGGUCGCUGUGGCCGUCACGGCGGCAGGCGGGAACUCUUUUAUGUUGGAAGAGAGAGAGAGAAAUACGGACAUGUCGUUUAAUCCUUGUUGUCACAGGAGAAGAGGUGUUAUGUCUUGUUUAUUUGUCAUUUCUGGGAAAAACAACAUUGGGGUGUAACACAAUUGUAAUAACACCACGGACAGUAAGACGUUCAGUUCAAUCACAUGUGCCGUUAUCGCUUCUUCUUUGCUGGACUCAAUUUCACUUUUUUGGGGAGGGGGGGUUAUGUUACGCUUGAAUUACUACUGAUGUUUGAUUUGGGAUGUGGGCUACUUCACCAAUGAGAAUAACAAUAGUGCACCUAACUAAAGCAAACUAACAUUUUCUGUUUUGAUUGGAUCAAAUUGCUUGUCAAAGAUUUUUUUUUCAUGUUCAUGACUCAAGUGUGUCCAGUUGAAGGUUUGAGGCUUUUUUUUUCUUCUGUUGAUCAAUACUGCUGAGCAUAUAUCAAUACAAAUUGUCAACGCAA